UUCCGUAUUAUAAUGAUAACAGGGAUAUAGAUACGCGAGGGACGGAGUAGAAAUAUCACAAUUAGAAAAUCAUCGAGAGAUGCAAUAGACAUUUAUCCAUUGUCAUUUGAGGAGACGGAGAAACAAAGAUUUUACCAAAUAAUGUUCGUGAGAAUUACUUGAUCAAUUUAAAUUAGUCUUGACAAUAUGAUAGACAGUUGAAGCAGACACAAAUAGUGCAAAUUAAUCGGAAAAUUUUUCAAAUUGUGUAGGCUAAUUUGCAUUAAAGAAAAAACUCAAAUGCGCAUGCUGAAAUUUACACUCAUGAUCUGCGCGCUCGCUGGAUGCUGGCAGCCGCUUACGUGGACGUCGCUGUUUAAACAUAUAAUUUAUAAGGCUUACGCAAUGUUUCUGAUAUUCUCAUUAUAUAUAUUUCUGACUUCUCAAUUUGUAAACAUCAUAUUAAACGUCGGCAACUCCGAUGAAUUUACCGAUGCCUUGUAUAUGAUGUUGACGGUACUUGUAGCAGGCUACAAACAGAUUUAUAUGUGGGUAGACCGUAAGAAUGUGAUGGUAAUAAUAAAUGUUCUUACUGAGAAACCUUUUGCACCAUAUGAAACACAUGAAGUAAUGAUUCAAGAGAAAUUUGAGAAAAUGAUACAGAACAAUACGCGGAGAUAUUUAACCAUUGUCAUGAUGUCAAUCACAUCGAUAAUAUGGAUGUCUGUCUCCACGGAUCUUAUGAAAAGAAAUUUGACGUAUAAGGCAUGGAUACCGUUUGACUACUCAUCUCCCGCUAUAUAUUUUAUUGUAUAUACUCACCAAUUAUUAGCCAUGUCAACCUCUGGUAUAGUAAAUGUUGCUUGCGAGAGUUUACUUUGUGGAUUCUUACUGCACAUCUGCUGCCAGUUUGAAAUUCUGGGAUAUCGAUUGACAAAACUCACGCAUGAUCAAAAUAGUCUGCGCGACUGUGUUUAUCACCACAACCGUAUCUUUGAAUAUGCAUAUACAGUGAAUAAUAUGUUUGCGAAAAUAAUCGCUAUCCAGUUUGCUGUGAGCAUGUUGGUAGUGUGCUCGAAUUUAUAUCGAAUAGCUAUGGCGGCGGACUACGUAAGCUUUAUUCCAUUGAUGAUGUAUACGAGUGCUAUAUUAGUGCAGAUUUUCAUCUACUGCUGGUUUGGCAACGAAGUCAAGCUAAAAAGCCUUCAAUUGGUAAAUAGCAUUUAUGACAUAGAAUGGCCGGCGCUCAGCAAUAAUAACAAGAGAAAUCUCUUAUUAAUUAUGAAACGCGCCAUGACUCCCAUCGAAUUUACUAGCGCGUACAUAAUCACAAUGAAUCUCGAGUCGUUCGUAGCUUUACUUAAGAUGUCAUAUUCAGUUUUCAAUUUGCUGCAUCAAACGCAUGAAUAGUAACAUAAUUAAUAAAUAGAAAUUGUUAAAAUGUAGAAAUAAAUAUUAAUACCUUGUUAGUAUCGACAAGAUAAUCCUCAGAUUUAUAAAAUUUUUAUC